AUGAAUGUUGCAAAUUCGUCAGAAGUUAUAGAACAUUAUAAUUCCGUGCCGAAUACGGGAAUCAGAGAACGAGAAGGCGUUCGAAUUUAUUAUUUACGCUGCUUUAACAAUUGGAUAAAAACUAAAUUGUUUAACAAGGCGGAGAUUCUUCUUCGAGAACAAGGACGAUCAAAUUUGGUUGGUCUCGAUCUUUGUUGCGGUAAAGGUGGUGAUUUGCUGAAGUGGAAUCACAUGGAUGUUUCGCAUGUUGUUUUCACGGUUAAAUUAGUUUUUAGAUUGAUUUUUUUUCAGGAACAUUUGAAAGAUCUUUAUAAGAAUCCAGCUAUUGAAUUCGACCUUUGUAGUUGUCAGUUUUCAUUUCAUUAUGCUUUUGAAACUGAACGACAGGCCCGUGUGAUGAUACGAAAUGCGAUUGAAAUGCUGAAACCCGGUGGCUUAUUUUUGGGUACAUUACCAGAAGCAGAACGAAUUAUGUUUUUCUUAAGAAAAGGUUUCGGUUGCUAUUCAAAUGAUGUCGUUCGAUUAACUUACGGUGAUCAAGAAUUGUUUCAAAAAGAAAAUUAUCGGCCACCAAUUUUCGGUGCUAAAUUUCACUUUGCUCUAGAAGAACAGGUUUUUUUUUGA